ACACGCGCCAGCCCCGACAUUUCAAAACGGCAUCUUCCAAACCACUUUCCAUCGAGUACAGUCCGCCUGAUUAACAGUUUGAACCCAGUAUAUACCUUAACUGACCUUAUCGUUAGUUUUUCCUUUUGCAAGUUAUCUCCUGAAUUUUGGGACAUCUGCCGUUUGCACGCUUUGGUUUCGUUGGCAUCCAGAUUCCGGCAGCUUUAGCAGUGAGUGACUUUGCCGGAUAUAUAAGAAAGACGCGGGUUUCUUUUGACGGCGUUGCCGAAGAAGAGCGAACCAGUGACCUUUGGAAAAUGCUUACUCUUUGGUCCGGUGCCAUUCUGUUUGUGAUCCUUGGGAGUUUCGUGGGGGCGUUACCCUUGAACGAUUCAUGUGAAUUCCAUAGCGGCAAGAAGCUUAUUUAUCCGGUUGGAGCCACAUGGGAAAUACGCGUAGGCAGCUAUAAGGAUUUUCAGUGUUUGGACUGCUCGUGCUUACCGCAUUCAACUGUCCGAUGCGUACCAUCACGAAAAACAUGCCCGACACUGGACAACUGCUUGAAAAUCGAGCAAGUGCCGGAUUCGUGCUGCCCCAAGUGUACAGAAGUGAGCAACGAGCCCGAGCCGGAGCCGGCGGCAGACGUAAAUCGGCAGUCGAGCAUCACGGAAAGGCGCAGUGUGGAUGAAUGCUAUCAUGCCGGUGCCGUCUACGACAACGGUCAACGCUGGUCACCACACUCGAACACCACCGCUAUCCGCCCCAUGGAUGCCGAUAAUCAAUGCAUUCAGUGCUACUGUCAGGAUGGUCAAACGAUGUGCUACCUGAAGACGUGCCCAGUACUUUCCUGUGAUACUGUUUUCGCAGCCGAUAACUGCUGUCCCGUUUGUGCAGAAUCCAACCAGUCCACGGAAGACGCCGAAUCUACCGCAGAACCAGGAAACGAUUAUGAAAGAUAUGCCGAAGUUCCGGACGAUGGAAAUAUAGAAUGCGUUUCCGGCAGCGAACGGUAUGAAGAUGGCAGUCAGUGGCAUCCCGUUAUUCCACCGUUUGGCCGCAUGAAGUGCGUACUGUGUGAAUGUGAUAAUGGGCAGAUCAAAUGCAAAAAGGUCACAUGCCCGGACAAGCCCACCUGUGCCAAUCCGAUAACCAAGCCGGGAUUCUGCUGCCCUAUUUGUCCCACGGAAACGAAUGAAAUCGCCAACGUGAGCGCCAGUGGUCCGUAUGUGUGUUUGAAACAUCGCGACUACUUAGUUUACGAGUAUCUGCACGGUACCACCAUGGAGAUCGCCAUGCGGUUACCGGAAGAAGAAAUGAUGUGGAUCAGCACAUGGAACGUCAACGCCUAUCAGGAUACGAACGUUUCCUCUAUUGAAUUGAAGAUCUGGGAGUUCAGACGCAGCAAACCUUUGGAAAACUACAAAUUUUUGGGAAUUGCCAAAUCCAAGAGGGCCAACCGCUUUUUCCGGCGUCUGAACAAGAUCCGUCAUACUUGCCGGCAUCGUUGCAGUAAGCGUAUGGAACGCUUAAUUCAGAUGCUACGGAUUCAAGCCGUGUACACCGGAAGUAAAUCCAACUGCCCGGACAGUCAUCGGCCCGUCGAUACGCGAUUGUAAACGCAGGGCCUCGGUGACAUUGAGCUUAACCGGCAACCGAUCGAGGCGGCUACGUGACGUCAAAGCGGCCAGGCCACAGCUUCGACACAAGACACUGCGGCUGGGAUUUAAUUCGUGCACAACGGAUCUCAAUUUCAAUCCGAACACGCAUAAAGCGGGGACGAUCGAGACGACUGUAAUAAAAAAUGCGGACACGUCUUCGUAACACAAACUCAGACUAGAAGAGUUUACAAACGUGUUUGAUUGGAAUUCUACAGUGUAUAGUAAUGAAGUGUAUUUAUUUAAUGGAGAAUGCAUGAACUUACUUUGUCGAAAAGAAAUUUAGCUUUUUGGAAUUAAUUUAUUUGCUAGAUUAUAUCAUACAGAUAAAAGCUGUAUUAACAAAAUACUGUACACAUAUAACUGGCAACAGAAGAGUGUAAACAUUUUUGGCCAAAAUAAACGCUUG